CAGUUACCCAAUAUAAAAUUAUUUAUUUAUUGGUAUUAAUACUUAUUUAUAAAUAUACAGAUUACAUUACAUUACAAAGUGAAUUCGCACAAAUGUAUUAUUAAACUUUAUGGAAUAACUCAAGCUCCAAAAGAAAAAAAUUACAUCAUGGUUUUAGAUUAUGCAGAGCAUGGGAGUUUACGAAAUUAUUUAGAUAUAAAAUAUAAUUAUUUAAAUUGGAAUAAUAAGAUCAGUUAUUUACAUAAAAUCGCACAUGGACUUAGAGAUAUACAUGAAACAGAAUUAAUUCAUCGAGAUUUGCAUAUUGGUAAUAUAUUAAGGCUUAAAAAUCAUACUUGUAUAACUGAUAUGGGAUUAUGUAAACCUGCAGACUAUAAUGUACCAGAGAAUGCAAAAAACAAAUUAUAUGGUAUUUUACCUUAUAUUGCGCCUGAAAUUUUAUGUGGACAAAAUUAUACCAAAGCUGCAGAUAUUUAUAGUUUUGGUAUAAUUAUGUAUGAAGUAAUUUCUGGAUUACCUCCAUAUUAUGAUAUAGGCCAUGAUAUAAAUUUAGCAGUGAAAAUUUGUAAAGGACUUAGACCAAGGUUUAAUAUUAAUGUACCCCAAUUGAUUGUGCAUCUAAUCAAAAAAUGCUUGGAUGCAAAUCCAUUAAAUCGACCAAAAGCUGAAGAAAUUGAAAAAACCUUAAGCAAUUGGUUUAGGAAAUCAUAUGAUCUUAGUUAUGCAGAGAUAAAUAAUCAAAUAAAAGAAGCAGAAAUAAUUAAUAAAAAAUCACUGAUUAAUUGUACUACUACUAGUCUAGGAAUAUCAUAUAAAACACAUUCAGAAGCAAUUUAUACCAGUAGAUUACUUAAUUUUAGUAAUCUUCCUGAGCCAAAAAAUUCUGAUGAUUAUUAUGAAGAAAAUGAUAAUAUAAUUAGCAUGAAAUUUUCAGAAUCCUUACAAAUUGAUAUUUCUCAAUUGAAAAAUAACAAUUCUUUUGAACUAAAAAAUUCUGAUGAUAGUAGUCACUAUGAAAAGAAUGAUAAUAUUAAAAUGGAAUCUUCAGAAUUCUUACAAAUUGAUACUUUACUAUUAAAAAUUGAUAAUAAUAAUUUUCCUGAACAAGAUAAUUCUGAUGUUUCUUACGAAAAAAAUGAUAAUAUAAUUAGUAUGGAUUCUUCAGAAUCACUACAAAUUGAUAUUUCCCAAUUGAAUACUAAUAAAGAUGACCAGGAUAGCAAAUCUAAAGGCAAAGAAAAAAUUUAGACCAAUUAUAACUAUUUGCUAUUAUAGUUUAAUAUUUUAAUUAUCAUUAAAUCUUCAGUUGAAAGGUAACAUUUUAAAUUUUAUUGAAAUGCGGUCUUGUUUUUGCUUUUCAAUAAUUAGUGAAUUACAAUUUUUAUAAAACCAUACAAUAUGAGUAGG